AACCAGACCUUACUGAGGACCAUGGAAUUGUUUCUCUUCGCAGUAUUGUGUCUUGUGAGCUUCGUGAAAGCGUCUGGCAUUGCAGCCGUGUUUGCUAUUCAUUCGGUUUCCUCAUAGAGAGUUCCGUGGAGAAGAGAGCCUGUGGGGGUGAGAGUCGAGGUGGGGUAAGCAAGACAUCGACAUGGCAUUCAAGGAGAUUCCCAUCUUGGACCUGUCGGAGGCGAAUGAGGUGGCAACGAAGCCUGUAUUCUUGAAGAAACUGCGAGACGCUCUGCUCAACGUCGGGUUCUUGUACAUCAAGAAUGUUGGCAUCGAUCAAGAUGUCUACGAUCGGGUCUGUCAAGAAGGAAUCCGUUUCUUCGACCUGCCGGAGCAGGAGAAGCUCGCCAUCGAGAUGAAGAAUGCCCCCAGCUUCUUGGGCUACAGUCGAUUGGGCAACGAAAUAACUGCCAAAAACGCAGACUGGCGAGAGCAACUCGAUCUGAGCACACCGCAUCCUGUGCCUGGUGAACAGGACCCGCUGUAUCACAACUUACUGGCUCCGAAUCAAUGGCCGAACGACAAGAUCCUACCCGACUUCCGGCCCAUCUUCGAGGAUUAUAUGGCAAAGAUGGGCGAAGUGAGCAUCACCUUCACCAGCUUGAUCGCAGAAAGCCUGGGCUUGCCCUCCAAUGCCUUCGACAACUUUUUCGAUCGAGACCAGCAACACAAGCUCAAGAUUGUGAAGUAUCCGGACAAUGGCUCCGGAGCCGGACAAGGAGUCGGUCCUCACAAGGACUCGAUGCUCACGUCCUACCUUCUCCAAGCCACUGACCAUCGCGGUCUACAAGCACAGAACACGCAAGGCGAGUGGAUCGAUUGCCCACCUAUCCGCGGCACGCUUGUAGUAGCCAUCGGCCAAGGCCUUGAAGCCCUCACAGGCGGCGUUUGCGCCAGCACUACUCACCGCGUGCAGUCACCCUCGCCAGGCAGCGGCGCACGCUUCUCCAUUCCAUUCUUCCAAGGCGUGUCGUACGACGCCAAAUUCGAGUCCAUGGACGUUCCCGAGUCGGUCAAAGCGCUACGCCAGGAGAUCCUCGCGGCGCAGGGCGGGGGUCGGAGAGAUGAUGUCGAAUUCACAUUUGUGAAGGGCAGAUGGAAUCAUCUCGGCGAGGCGACGUUGAUGAAUAGGAUCAAGUCGCACCAAGAUGUUGGAGAGAGGUGGUAUCCGGAAUUGUUGAGCGAGCUGAGAGCGGAGCAGGCGCGGGAGCAAAGCAAAGCUGCGGUGAAUUCGCAGACGGCUGUUGAAGCACAUUGA